UUCACACGAGAUGCAUCUUUAGAGGGAUUGUGAAUAUUGGAUGUGUAUUGAUUCCCAAAGCCGGAGACUUUUCCCUGUAAUGGAUCCCAGACAGAUGCUGGACAGAGAUGAGAGGAGGGUCCCAAAUCCAAUAUGUUAAGAAGUUAAAACCGGACAAACAUCAAUAGGAAAUCAUCAUCAUCAUCAUCAUUUAGGUGCAUUUCGGACAUCUGAAUGUGUCACGGACUCUUUUGGCGUCAUGAAUAUCUGACUUUUAACCGGGACGGUUACCGGUAGGGCUGUUGUUGGUUUUUUGGACGAUCCUUGUAUUGUUACGGGGGUCUAACUGUACGGUUAUGUAACUGAAAGAGAUUUCCGUGGUUGGAAUCUGUCGGUACCACUUAUGACUCCACGAAAGACACGCUCGCGCCGGUAGCGCGAACCGUCGUUGCAUCACGUGAAUAUCUCACCGUUUACCAUCUAUACACUCGUGCCCGCACCGGUGAAAUGGCAGCUGCGAUCGCCAGCUCGCUCAUCAGAAAGAAGCGGCAAGCGCGCGAGUCCAACAGCGAGCGCGCUGCGUCCGGUUUGCGCCGGUCGAGCCCCGGUAAAGAACCCACCGGACGAGGCAAUCUGUGCGCGCGACACCUCUUCGGGCUCUUCGGUAAAGUUCGCCUCUGCAGCGGGAAAAAACGACCCGUGCGCCGAAAGCCAGAACCUCAGCUGAAGGGGAUUGUGACCCGACUCUUCAGUGAGCAGGGAUUCUACCUGCAGAUGAUGCCCGAUGGAACCAUAAGCGGAAGCAAAGAUGAAAAUAGUGACUACACUCUGUUUAAUCUCAUCCCGGUGGGUUUACGUGUGGUGGCGAUACAGGGUGUGAAGGCCGGACUUUAUGUGGCGAUGAAUGCUGAAGGUUUCCUUUAUUCAUCAGAGAUAUUCACACCGGAGUGUAAGUUUAAGGAGAGCGUGUUUGAGAAUUAUUAUGUGAUCUACUCGUCUACAAUUUACAGACAGCAUGAGAGCGGACGCGCCUGGUUCCUCGGGCUCACCAAAGAUGGCAUCAUUAUGAAGGGAAACCGCGUCAAGAAAACUAAAGCUUGUUCACACUUUGUGCCCAGACCUAUUGAAGUGUGUAUGUACAAAGAGCCCUCGCUGCACGAACUCGACGAGAAACAACGAUCCAGGAAAAACUCAGGGACUCCCACUAUGGGCACCAGAAAAGAGCUCAACCAGGACUCGACCGACCAUGAAGGAUCAUAGCCACAUGUACACAAACACACACACCUGUAAAUGUAAACACACACUCUUACACAAAACCCUGGUGAGACCCGGAGCUGAAUGCGUUCUUACACCCGACAAACAACAGCAUCUACAAACAUCAAACCAAACUAAAUAAAGUCGUGUGAAACAAACAAAACAAAAAAAAAGAUUAAGAGAAAACCUAAUCUGAUUUCUUGCCUGUGAUGAUAUUUUAGUAAUAUUUGAAAAUCAGGACAUGAUUUUACAUUUUAUGCAAAGUCUGUGUAGGAGUCGCGCUGUCGUGGGGGCGCUUGAGAGUUUUUCUGUUGGGUGUCUGAGCUUUAAAUCAUGUUUGAUCUUCACACUUUCAUUUACUAAAGCACUUUCACGCACUGCUAUACAUCACUGAAUACGGAAUGUCCUCAUUGAUUGUGUCCUCCAAUCAUUGCUCUGGGUGGGGUCUUUGAAUUCUCCUCUCUGAUUGGUGGAAUGCUGAUGGUAUUGAAAAAAUCCACCGUUUUGCUUCAUUUCACUGUGUACGGUGUGCUAAAGGGGUCAUAUUCUGCAUUUUUGUAGCAUUGUAAUUAUUUGUUUACGCCUGACGAUCACUUACACACAGGUUUACUACACUAAAUAAUAAUUUUUAGUUUUUUACAAAAUGUUUUUGUGAUGUUCAGAAUUAAAACCUGGUUUUGCUGCCAUACCUUUAAGACGUCUACAGUACAUUAUUGGUUGAACAGACUGAACAGGUGUGUAAAUAUGUAGGCAUGGCCGGCCAUAUGUAAAUGAGCAUUAGCAUAUAAUCAUGAACAUUUAUGAACAAGCCAUUUUGUAGAUUUGAUUAAUGGCAUUGAGUAUAUCUACACACAUGAAACUCUUUUAUAUGAUAUGACCCCUUUAACAUGUGACGUCUUAAAGAGGAAAUGUCUAUAAAAGCCCUGAUCAGAUAGGAAGUGAUGAUGCUCGUUGAUCUGAGAGAUUUAGGUGUUUUAUCCUGCCAAUAGCACAGACUGCCCUCAAACUAAUAAACCGGAUGACCACCUUUAAUAUGGAGAAACUAUAACUGCCCGGCAACAUAAAUACUUUUAUUUAUUACUCCUCAGACUGUGUUCAGAAAUAAAUACUAGCAUACUACACACUACAUACUGCCUUCUGUUUAAAAAAUGGUGUCUUAUAGUAAACUGCAUUGUUGUUACGCGUCUUCACUAUAUGUUGCAUGUUUAAAUCAGCAAGUGGCUUCCAGUUUUUAACUAAGAAAUAAGUGCAUUUAUAAAUCAACUUUAAAACAAAGUGUGAAGAAGAUUUGUAAAAAAAAUAAUAAUUGAAAAUAUGAAAAAGUUAAUAAUACUUGUGGCUCUUUUACUGCAUGAAAAAUAGUUCAGGUAUCAUCCAGGUAUUCCCUACAUACAGAAAAAAUGCAUAGUGUGCACAGUAUAAAUAA